CACGGUGCUUGCGACCAAGGUCAAGACGGAGCAAGGCGGUAAGACUGGCGUCAAUCUGUAUCCUCCAUUAGAAGCUCGUUGAUGUCUCCAGGCUACGCCUCCCACUCCGCGCAAGAGCUGCUAAAGGGCUCGGGAAUGUUGAGCGUGGGGAGGGCGGUCUUUCGUCUGCGCCUAGCGGCGUGCCCUUCAGCGUCCACUUCCGGAUGCUGGAUAGCAUGACUACUGGAACAUCGAACCUGUAACAUUCAACAACUACCUCGCUGAUGACCGGUAGGAUUGCAGAUGAACUUUAGUCGACUGUCGUUGCUUCCUCAAACCGCCACGUCCUGUCAUCCGUUGCAGCUGAGAAAAGCCCUGCGUCCGUUGCAUUGACAUCUGUUCCUGCUUUCAGGGAGGGGGUGGAAAACAUAGUCCUGCGAUGUGCUCAGAUUAUUCCAGAGUUCCUCGAGGUCCCAUCACCCUUAUACCCCCGGACGUUCUCCUCGAAAUAUUCGACGCCUGCCGCAUUGUUCACGAAGAUACCAGCGAAGAUCCCUCAUCCGUCCAUGGCCUCUCCGUACGUGCUGGUCCUCCCGCAAUCGCCGCCGUCUGUCAAGGCUGGCGCGAUCUUGCUGUCCACACUCCAACCCUUUGGACCGAUGUCCAUAUCAAGCUCUGGUCGAACAACCUGUCGAGUGCGACGAGGCUCCUCCGUGUCAUACUCGCACGCUCUGCAGAGCUGCCGCUGAGUAUCUCGAUGAGAUCCUUCGAAAUCGAACCCGACGCGCCGGAAGCCGUGGAACCGCUGGUCAACGCCCUACUCGAACAGUCUGCGAGAUGGUCGCGCCUCGACGUGUGCGUCAGCGAAGAGGUCUUCCAUCUCUUGCUUCCCGCCCAAGGCCGUCUUCCGCAGCUUCGCAGCCUGCGCUCUCGGAUUCUGUACAGGAUGACAACCAGGCUUGACUGGGCGCCCUUUCGCGACCUCUUCAGGGACUGCCCGGCACUUGUCGAUGUCGAGCACUGGGGGCCAAAACUUGACUUCCCGUGGGAGCAGCUGGUGCGCCUUAGCCUGAAGGGCCACCCUCCACCAGGCGCGCUUGAGCGCACGACACGCGCUCGCGUCCUACAUCUCAUGGAACACCCUAUCGAAGCAUCGUCGUACGAUAAACAUUUGUGGGAGAACGCUCUCCAUCUCGAGCGCCCAAAACUCGAAAAACUCGCGAUCAGGAUAGUGAGGCGCCUUCGCUGCGUGCGCGCCCCAAAUCUUACGGAUUGUCACAUUCUGAAGAGUAUGAUGUCUCCGGAAGACUUGGGCGCUGUCACGAAGUACGUUUUGGCCGAAAGCCUGAGGCUGACUACCCUAUCCAUCGCCGUUCAACCUCCUAUUGCUCAGGAGUUGAGCGAACUGCUCGCUCAUUGUCCCGCGCUGUGCCUCCUGCAGCUUCGCCUUGUCCCGAUCUCCUGGGAGCCGACCUAUACUGUGCACCACAAUACGGCAGCCUAUAGCAGCGCGCUUUCCUUACUCAUCAUUCAUCGUGACCAUCCAGUCCUUCUGCCUGCCCUCCGCCACUUGCGCCUCAUGAUGGAUUAUGUGCUUUCUGCAGACGCGUUCGCCUCGCUAGUAGACAUCUUCCAGUCACGAUCCGCGGCACCAGAUGACAUCGCUGUCUCUCUUCAGUCUCUGGAGCUGCGCAUUCGAUCCGGCCGCGAGGUGGAUCUCACGGAAGGGAUAAGCGACUUGGAUGUACAGUUACAGUCUUGUCGCGUGGAAGGGUUGCCCGCGGUCAGCAUAUACCAGGAGCUGAUUAACGAGAAUCGUACAAGUUUACGCCGUAUCUGGCUCGAAGUUUCUUAUAGGCUACAAAGGAUGCGUACAAAGCAAGUUAUUACCGUCUGUUAAGUCCCUCAAAGCCAUAUCGCC